GGCGGCGGCUUUUCGGCUCCUGGCAGCCACCGUCGUGAGGGUUCAGCUACGGGAGUCUCUUGGGCUUGGGUCGGCGGCGCGGCGGUGACGGCCAGCGAGCCGAGCCUAGAAAAUGAAGCUAAAGGAAAUUGAGCGAACAGCUGUCCAGGCAUGGAGUCCAGCAAACAACCACCCCAUUUAUCUAGCAGCAGGAACAUCUGCCCAACAGCUGGAUGCAUCCUUCAGUACAAAUGCCACCUUGGAGAUAUUCGAGGUUGACUUCAGGGAUCCCUCUCUGGACAUGAAGCAGAAAGGAACACUUCCUGCCUCAAACAGGUUUCAUAAGCUGAUCUGGGGUAACUUUGGAAAUGGGUCCCCAGAGUCCCCCGGGGUGAUCAUUGGUGGAGGGGACAAUGGUGUGUUGACAAUGUACAGUGCACACCGCAUCUUGGCAUCGAAGAGUGAGCCUGUCCUUGGGCAGACAGAGAAGCAUUCAGGUCCUGUUCGAGCUCUUGACUUGAACCCUUUCCAGAGUAACCUCUUGGCUUCUGGAGCCAAUGAUUCUGAAAUUUUCAUCUGGGAUUUGAAUAACUUCAGUGUGCCUAUGACUCCAGGGGCUAAAUCACAGCCUCAUGAAGACAUCAGUGUGGUGUCCUGGAAUCGGCAGGUACAGCACAUCCUGUCCUCUGCCCACCCCAGUGGCAAAGCUGUGGUUUGGGACCUCAGGAAGAAUGAGCCUAUCAUCAAAGUCAGUGACCACAGCAACAGAAUGCAUUGCUCAGGAAUGGCCUGGCAUCCAGAAGUUGCAACCCAGCUAGUCCUUUCUUCUGAGGAUGACCGCUUGCCAGUAAUCCAAAUAUGGGACUUGCGUUUUGCUACCUCUCCUUUGAGCCAGCUGGAAGGGCACACAAGGGGAAUUCUCUCUGUCUCUUGGUGCCAGGCUGACCCUGAACUGCUGUUAAGUAGUGCCAAAGACAACCGGAUCUUGUGCUGGAACCCAAGUAUAGGGGAGGUGGUUUAUGAGUUGCCCAUUCAGAGUCAGUGGUGCUUUGAUGUCCAGUGGUGUCCCAGGAAUCCUUCAGUCUUCUCUGUUGCCACUUUUGAUGGGUGGAUCAACAUUUAUUCUGUUAUGGGUGGGAACUUGGAAGCUCAGCGGAAGACACAGGCUGACAAGAUUUCUUCCUCCUUCAACAACCUGGAUCCCUUUGGUACAGGACAGAUCCUUCCACCUCUGCAGGUGCCAGAGCAAGUAGCUCAGACCACCUUGAUUCCACCAUUAAAAAAGCCACCCAAGUGGAUUCGCAGACCUGUGGGGGUUUCCUUUGCAUUUGGAGGAAAACUUAUUUCCUUUGGUCUCACCAAAGCUCCUGGACAGCAAAUGCAGCAGACCUACCAGCAUCAGGUAUUCAUCAGUCAAGUCACCACUGAAACUGAAUUCCUGCUCCGAUCCAGAGAACUGCAGAUGGCAUUGCAGUCGGGAAACCUAAUUGAUUACUGUCAAGGCAAGAUCCAGACAGCCAAGUUACCAUUUGAUGAGAACCUUUGGAAAUUCAUGAAGGUGAAUCUGGAGAAAGAAUCCAGGACAAAACUCCUCAAGCUGCUGGGCUAUAGCAAGGAAGAUCUGAAAAAAAAGAUUGCCUCGUGUUUGAGCAAUGGCAUACCAGAUAAGCAGCCCCUUCCUGAGGCAGAUGAGACAAAUGCAGCACAGCCAGAUCAGCUUCUGAUAAAUUCCAGCAAUGAUGUAGCUGCUGUUUCCUCCUCUUCAUCCUUUUUUGACAACCUCAUCCCCCAGAAUAUGAGCACUCUGGAGAUUCCUGUCACAGAAGAUACGGAUGGACUCAUCAGCCAGGCCCUUUUGCUGGGGAAUUUUGAGGGUGCAGUGGAACUGUGCAUGCGGGCAGAGCGCUUUGCCGAUGCCAUCAUCUUGGCUAUAGCCGGUGGGGAGAACCUCCUAAAGGAGACUCAGAAACGCUACUUUGCGAAGCAUAAGACAAAACUCUCUCUGCUGCUUUCCUCCAUUGUGCAGCAGAACUGGCAAGACAUUGUUUGCACAUGUGAUCUCCAGAGCUGGAAGGAGGCACUGGCCAUCUUACUAACAUACUCAAAGCAUGAAGACUAUGCCCAGCUCUGUGACAUGCUGGGUGCCCGCCUGGAGUCAGAGGGAGAUGCAGCCCUGUCCAAUGAUGCCUGCCUUUGCUAUAUCUCAUCAGGCAAUGUGGAGAGGUUGGUGGAAUGCUGGGUAAAAAACCAUGAGACUUCAUCACCCCUUGCCCUGCAGGAUCUCAUAGAGAAGGUGAUGGUGCUAAGCAGGUCCAUUGAGAUGCUCCGAGGCACAGCAGGACAAGCACCAGGCCCUGUCUUGGCAGAACGAAUCACCCAGUAUGCCAGUCUCCUGGCAUCACAAGGAUGCUUGGCAGCUGCAAUGAAUUACCUGCCCAGCAGCUCUAAAGAGCUCCUGAUUGAACAGCUCCGAGACCGGCUUUUCCAUGCUCAAGGAGAGAACGUGGGUGGUCAGCAGCCACCUCCUUUUCCUUACACUCGUGUCAAUGUGGGUGUUGUUAAGCACAUAUCUGCAGCAGCCACACCUGAAGGAUCAGCCCACAAAACAGGUCACAGACAUCCAGAGAAGCCCAACUAUCGGUCAUCAUUUGCCCCUUCAGCACCUUCUCAGCCUUCAGUGCCUUCCCUCUUCACACCUCAGGCAGUGCACACAACAUCUAUGACACCUCACCAGGCUGCCCCUCCUCAGGCCAGCACAGCUCUACAAACAAAUGUCUAUAGAGGGCCUCCUUACCCACAGUACAACUUGGGCUUGGUUCCAGCAACUGUUUCAGGGCCCGCUGUGUCACAGUCUCUGCCAUUUGGACCAGCGGGUGUCAGACCUGUUGGUCCUGCUCCCUUCCCCAGUCAAUCUUCUCUGCCAGGACAGUCCUUGCCUAUGACAUCUCCUGGUGUUCCACCACCUAGACCUGCCCUCUUCACUCCAGCCUCAGUCCCAACAUCUCAGCUUCCUGCAGCUUGUCCUCUCCCUGUGGCAAGCCAGCCUCCUCUAGGUUUCUCUUCAGCACCUUACAACUGCCCCAUGAACAUGGGGUAUCCUCAGGGAGGCCCUGGAGCUCCAUCUACUAAGCCCCUGCCAGCAGUCAGCAUUCCUCCUCCUCCCACAGUUCAGGAAUCUUGGACUGAUCCCUCUGCUGUAAGAGGAGGCCCUCAAAAGAAAAAGUUGCCUGAGAAAUUUACUCCUCUAGCCCCCAUCACAGCUCCAGUAAUGAGUCCACCAUCUGAGCCUCAAGGGAUCCAUCCUCAGCUGUCUAGGUUGCAAGAAUCUGGCCAGUCACCCCCAGGAGCACCCAAGGAAGACAGCCUGCAGUAUCACCAGCUACCUGUGGAGAGGGUUGAAAGGAAGGAGGUGCCCCCUGAGCACCAGGCUCUGAAGGACACGUUUGAAGGUUUGGUGCAACGCUGCUCUGCUGUCGCCACUGAUCCAAAAACCCGAAGGAAGUUGGAAGAUGCAUUGCAGCGGUUGGAGUGUUUGUACGAGAAGCUCCGCGAGCAGGCACUCUCUCCAGCCAUCCUCAUGGGUCUUCAUGAAAUUGCCCGCUGCGUUGAGGCUAGGAACUAUCAACAGGGUCUCCUGGUUCACACCCAAGUGGUGAGCAGCAGUAGUUUCAGUGAGGUGUCCGGUUUCAUGCCCAUCCUGAAAGUCCUCAUGACGAUUGCUGGCAAGCUGAAUGUGUGAAGUGUGGGGGCAGCUGUAACAGUGCCCACGAAGAGCUGAUGGACUCCCUCAACAGGAGUGUGCUGCAGGUUGUGGACUCUUCUGUCUCUGGAGAAAUACGUCUGUGGCAGUGUCUUGAGCUGUGCUGGGCAAAUACACCUGGCCCCAUCCACUCUCCAGAUAGCCCACUGGUGCCUGGAACUCCUGGAGAUUUCUUUCUCUCAUGUUUCUUACUAGCCUGAGGCUGCUUCCCAGCCCAGGGAUCUCAAUUUCAGGCUGUACAGAGAUCUUCUCUCUUCCCUGUAUCCCCAGCACAAAGGAGAAAUUCCUUCCCUCCAUCUGGCAUUCUUAUUUUUUUAGGAGACAAACAGGGCUGGCACCUGCAGUGCCACCAGACAGAAGAGACACCAGGCCCUAUUCCCUACUGCAAUGUAAACUGCCAGAAUGAUAACUGGGCUCCCUUGGUAGCUGGGGUAUCCCUGCUCAGAUGGCUGCAGUUAAGGAUCUGUCCUCUGGUUCCUCCUUUCUGUUCGUUCUCGUCCUCAACUCACCUUCCCACCCCUCUUCACUCAUAUCCUGCUACAACUAGGGCUAAUUAUCCUGGGCUAGCUUUGGUUCUCUCACUCUUCAUCACCCAGCCCUCUCGUUUCACAGUCAACUUCCCCGUUCAUCCUAUAUUCCCCUCUCUUUUAUGUCUUUUCUCCCAUAAGCUGUGGGCUUGAGUCCUUUUAUGUUUCAGGAUCAGGGCUGAUUCCCCUUCCAGCUCCUAGGACUUUCCCAUUCAGGAAUGCUAGCAGGUUUGACUGCUCUGUGUGAGGCUCCCCACAGCCAAUUGCAUUCUGGUUUUGGGCUAAAAGCCAUCCCCUCUGGCUCCUGGCCUUUUCCAUUUCCUUUAUGUUAGCACAGUUGACCUUUUGUCCACUAGUGUCAUGUGAAGGCUUUCCACAUUGAGCUUUUCAAACAGUCAAGGGGCUUUAAGAGAAACAGAGAUGCUCGGGUUCCAUAAAGAAUCCCCUCAAGCUACUCUGACCAGUCCAGACAUGAGCAGGAGACAGCUCUUUGCUCCUAGUACAUUAAUUCUCCCUACAGUAACACAUAGAAAGGUAGUUCUCAAAGACCCCUGGGCACUGUGGUGGUAAGAAUAUGCUGCAGGAGGUGAUGCUGCCAGGUUGAGAAUAUGGCUGUGCUGAGGCUUUUCAUUACUGUGGCAUUUUCUCUGGGGUAAAAUAGGUGAGUGAAGCAUAUCUGUCCUGAGGAAGAAGUCUGGGAAGGCAGAUGGGAUUUUAGGGCACAUCUGUGUGUGUGUCUUUCCCCCCUCUUCCUCUCGCCUUCCUCUCUUUCACACUAACAAGGCAGUGUGAUCCUUGGGCCCUGUCUGGGAGCAAGACUUCUUUCCAACUUUUGGCUGCAGACAGACCCUGCUUCCGAUACUUGCUGCUUGAGUGAUGAUGCCAUUGUGAGCCUCUGGUUCAGUGACUUACACAGAUCAGUCUGCUCUACCAUGAGACGAAGGAGGGAGGAGAAUCAGAAGUGAGGGAGAGGACAUGUCUCAUUCUCUCCUUUCCAGGUCAAAGUGCCUCCUUGUUGCUGCUGUGUUGUUUCUAUUGCUGCGGUUUGAUGCACUGAGAAAUAAAAGCUGUGUUUUGUGGUGCUGCUAGCUUUUUUCUGUUGGCUUGUCACCUCUGGCUACAGGGGACUUCCCUCAAUCUGCAGGGCCACCCACUGUGAGCCAAGUUGUCAGCUUUGGUGAGGGCGGCAAUUGAGAACAGGGUGGGACAAACCCAAUUCUGGACUCUACUGGUAUGGGCAGCUACUGUCCUGGUGUA